CUGAAUUGUGACCAAAACAGCCUAUCUCUGGAGCGAAACAACACGCUGUUUUCCCACAAUACGCGGCCUCGGCCCCAAAAAUAAGCGUCGUAAUCCCUUUCCGAUCGUCUUCGGUCAGUCCCCGAUCGUUAUCUUCCAUUUUGCUCGAUCUGUUUCGGGUCCUGGGCACACAAGAAUGUGCAAAAAAUCCGAUCUUUCUGUGUCUUUUGCUUGGAAUCCAGCUGCUCCUCUAGUCUCCCUGCCCAAAUCUCAAAUUGAAGAUUGAUUGGGUGAAAAGUUCGUGUUCUUAUUUGAUUUCGCGUUUCAAAGUUGGAAUUUUUUUUUCCUUUUUUCUUUUGCCUGUCGCGGUAUGCUUGGAGCUGCUAAAGAUCGUUUCUUGAGUGGUCGUUAGGCUUUUUGUGGUUAAAAGGGUAUCUUCCUCGAAACACUGGUGAUCACCGAAGAUUUUUGAGAGAAUGAUUGUUCGUAUUCGUUAUCACUUUUGAUCGUUCAAUCUGGCACGAGGAAGGCUGAGUUAUAUUAUACUGGCAUCAUGAAGUUCAAAGAAGGCGAUAGGGUGGAGGUGUUGAGAAGUAAAGAGGAGCAGUAUGGUUCUUGGUUUCCUGCUAAAAUUACCUCGCUAAAUGGAUACACAUAUACUGUAAGAUAUGAGUUGUUUCAUAGUUCCGAAGGGAAGCCUGUGGUCGAAACAGUGCAUGAGGGGGACGUUAGGCCUUCCCCACCGCCACAGGAUCGCAGAGAGCUUCGUUUGGUUAUUGGUGGCAUAGCUGAGGUGCUUGAUCUCUGCUCUUGGAGAGUUGGGAAGGUCAUGAAAGUCAUAAAAGAAGAUCGCAUUGUGAUCAAACUCUUUGGUUCCAUCCAACUUCAAGAACACAGUGUGUCUGACCUAAGAGUUCCACAAGCUUGGCAGAACAACCAAUGGCUUAUGAUUGACAUGGGAAUCAAAGGGAAGCAAUUUGGCUAUGAUUACAUCCCAUCUAGCUCCAAUUCUGCAAGAAAAUUGGAUUGUGGUGCAAGUCAAGGCAUUGACAAACAAGCUUCACCUGGACAGAGAUGUAAGCAAAAGCGUGCCAGCUGCAAUUCGCCUAUCAAAGCUGGGAAGAGGAAUCUCAACUCUCACUGUGGCUUCUCUCCUGUUAAUUUAGUUGGAGGAACCAAACGGAAAAGGAAAUCCAGCGCAGACAAAUCAAAUAAGUUAUCUACAAGAUCACUGCCUAAAAAGGUAGAUUGUGUCUCUUUCUCGAAAGAUAUAGUUGCUGAGCAUUUCCUGCACAAAUCCAAUAAAGAUCGAACCACCACAUUUCCUCAGAUGAAUGCUGACAAGGGGUUCACUAACAAUCAUGUCGUGAAUUCAUCUUCAAUACCUUUAGCAGUCACCGAAGAGGAUAUUGAAUGCUCUGUUGCUAGUUGUAGUGGUAAUGAGUAUCCAGGAUAUAGUUAUCAAAAUCUCAGAGAACACCGUAAAGAUACUGCAUUGGAUAGUUUUGAUGAUGCCAUAUCAUCAUGCCCAAUAGAAGGGAAAGAGUAUCAAAGCAAAUCUGGAGAUGAAUUAGCUGCCAAUGUCCAUGAAUUAGAGCUACAAGCAUACCAAUAUACUAUGCAAGCUUUGCAUGCCUCUGGUCCCUUGAGUUGGGAGCAGGAAUCACUUCUAACAAAUCUUCGUCUCUCUCUCAAUAUAUCUAAUGAAGAACAUUUACUUCAUCUGAGGCACCUGUUAUCUGCUUAAGUUCUCUGUUCAGGAUCAUAGAAUUCGUAGGUACGUCUUAAACUUCUGUGAAGAUCAUUUCCAGAACUGGCAUUUAGAUAGUUUCAAUCUGUUUAUAGUGAACGGUUAUACUGUCGAUAAGAAUGCUGGAGUUUCUGGAAAGCAGUUCUUUUCUAGACUCUUGUUGUAACAUAUAUGUAGAUAUUUUUUUUAUCUAGCAUUAAGCGCUGGUUCUUGCAAUAAGCUGAUAUUUUCUGUUUCUAAAGUGGAAUUUAAUGCAGAGCAAUUUGUGUUGCUUUUGA